UAAGAACUUAAAAGAUUGUUCUCUGCAAACUUGCAAGUCGAUUGCUGCCUCCAUGGCUUAAAGUUUUAAGAUAAACGAACAGAUUAUUGGAAAGACAAACUUAGAAGGAUGAAUUACAGUGUACAGCGCACAACCACCUAGAUUUCUACCGCAAAUUUGGAACAACGAGUCAAAGAAACACAACAAAGAUCCCAGAUCAUGAGUAUUCCUGAUGGAGUUGUACGACAAAGUAACCACCCUAGGUACUGGGGCAGGUGGAGCUGUGUACUUGGUUCGACACAAAGAAACUAAAAAGUUGGUUGCUCUGAAGAAGAUUCAGCUUGAUGAGAAGCGUAAAACACGGACCAAGGAGGCAGUUCAACGAGAAGCCAACAUCCUCUCUGAGUUAAGACAUCCUCACAUCGUCUCAUAUUACGAGUCUUUCUUUGAGCAGACGCCAGACGCUGUACAUCUCUGUAUUGUGCAGGACUACUGCGAUGGAGGGACCCUGGAUGAAAAGAUACAGCAGGCCAAAGGUCACGGAACGACCCUUGAUGAAGGUCAGAUCAUGCAGUGGUUUAUACAGCUUCUAAUGGCUGUACAAUACAUUCACUCCAUGAAAAUUCUACACAGGGAUUUAAAAGCGCAGAAUGUCUUUCUGACAAAGAAAAACAUGAUCAAGUUGGGUGAUUUUGGCAUAGCCAAGACUCUAGAACACACCAUCGACAAGGCUAGUACAUGUGUUGGGACUCCGUGCUAUCUCAGCCCAGAACUAUGUCAAGAUAUUCCGUACAACAAUAAAUCAGAUAUAUGGGCUUUAGGUUGCCUACUGUUUGAGAUGUGUGCCUUCACUCCAGCCUUCGAUGCCCAUAAUCUUAUCAGCCUUUUCUACAAGAUCGUCAAGUGUGAAUUUGCUGAGAUUCCGUCCAUGUACUCUGAUGAUAUCAAGAAGCUGAUCGCUACCAUCCUAGUCAAGGAACCAGACCAAAGACCAGGAGCAAGUGCCUUAUUAGCGUUCCCCUUCAUCCAGAAGCAUCUAAAUCUCUUCAUUACUGAGAAGGAAGAUCAAUGGCAACAGGUACUCCUCAUCAGACAAUCCAUCGACUCUUCUGCCUCCGACAAUGCCAUCAAUAAGAAGGGAGACCACACCCAUAAUACUAGCAAUACAAUAGAGCCCUCCAAUCGCAGGUCCAUAUUGGAGCCUAAAGACUCGGGUGAAUAUUCUGAUGAUUUCUCUAGCAGUGAGAAUGAAGAUGAUGAUGAGGUGGUUGAGGAAGAUGUUCCCAGUGAGGGAGAGGAGGACAUUGAAGAAAUUGUGGAAGAGGUGAUUGUAAGUGAUGAUGAGGAAGAAGGACCCAGUCCUAAUCUGAAAUCUACUCCAUCACCGCAUCGAGGGGCGACAAGUCCAAGUCCAGUCACUCAGUCUGGGCAUCGAGGGGCGACAAGUCCCAGUCCAGUCACUCAAUCUGGGGAACAUGAAUACCCAGAUGACUUUGAAGAUGUCGAAUCCGAUGAGAACUUUGAGGAGAUCUUGAACCAUGCUAGGACGGUGGUCGGUGUAGAAGCAAACUAUGAAGAUGACUUUGAUGAGGAUAAAGAUGAAGAGGAGAGACCCGUCUCAAGAUGCAAGAAGAUGCUCAGAGAACAUUGCAUCGAUUCUUUGGGAGAGAAGGUUUUUGCCGAGAUCCAAGCACGGUGCAGCAAGACGUCGUCUUCCAGUCCGGAAGCUUUGUCUCAGGACAUGGUCAGCUUUAAGUUAAAGCACUCAGUUGGUAAUGAACACAUGGAGACGUGCUACUUGGUUAGCGAGCUACUUGCAGAGGCCUCAACCUAGUCAGGUACCCACAGAGAGUCAACCUAGUCAGGUAUCCGUAGAGGCGUCAAGCUAGUCAUGUACCCGCAGAGGUGUCAACCUAGUGAGGUACCCAUUCUCCCCACCCCAAGGUAUGAAAAUGGGUGUAAUUGGGCAGAUGUAUGUUUGUGGCGUUCUCUCCACCGUAAAGCCCGGUUCAUACUUCAUGCGAACGCGAAUGCGAAGUGAAUUUGACGUGAAUUUUACGUCACAUCCU